AUGAACAGAAAAAAAGAUAUCCUCAUGAACACAUCCCCUAUAGAAAAUGAUCAAACAGCCAGUGAAGUCGAAGCUGUCAACGACGGGCACGUCAACGUCGAGGAUGAGUUCAGGGCCCCCGCAGCACUUUUGAACAAGCUCAGUAUCCUCGACCGUCUACUCACCCCAGCCAUACUCGUCUGCAUGGUCGUAGGCGUCCUCAUCGGCAACUACCUCCCUGGCGUCCAGGCCGCCUUCAGCAUCGCACAAUUUCAAUCCGUCUCUGCUCCAAUCGCAAUAGGCCUCAUCGUCAUGAUGUGGCCCAUCCUCACCAAAGUUCGCUACGAAGCCCUCCCCGCCCUUUUGCCGACCCGCCACGCCCUGACCCACAUCCUUCUCUCGCUCACGCUCAACUGGUUCGUUGCCCCGUUCCUGAUGCUCGCCCUUGCAUGGGCUGCGCCGCCAGACCUGCGCACGUACCGCACGGGCAUGAUCAUGGUCGGGCUCGCGCGGUGCAUCGCGAUGGUCAUGGUUUGGAACGCGCUCGCGCGGGGUGACAGCGAGUACUGCGCCGUCCUUGUCGUGUUCAACAGCAUGCUGCAAAUCGUACUGUAUGCGCCAUUUGCUCUCUUGUUCGUGAUUAUCUUGGGGGGCGGCGGAGGAGUGGAGAAGACGUUGCACGUGUCGUACGGGGACGUCGCGAUCCCGGUGCUCAUCUACCUCGGCAUCCCGCUCGCAGCAGGCGUCGUGACACGCUUCACGAUGCUCCGCCUGACCUCGCGCCGCUUCUUCGAAUCGACAUUCCUCCCAUACUUCAGCCCGCUUGCACUGCUCGGCCUUCUCUAUACAAUCGUCGUCAUGUUCGCAUACCAGGGCCACCACAUCGUGCACAACCUCGGACCCGUCUUCCGCGUCAUCGUUCCGCUCGUGCUGUACUUUGUCAUCAUGUGGUUCGCCACGUUCGCGUUCGUGUGGUGGUGUGCGCGGCCGCGGCCGCGUUCCGCCAUGGUGCGCGAAACAAGCGCGAGUAUGGAUGAGAAGGAGAAGAAGAAACGGGCAGAUUGGUCGUACGAGAUGGCAGUCGUGCAGAGCUUCACGGCAGCCUCGAACGACUUCGAGCUCGCAAUCGCAGUGACGAUUGCGGUGUACGGCGUCGGCUCGGAUCAGGCGCUUGCGGCGACGAUUGGGCCGCUCGUCGAGGUGCCCGUGCUGCUCGCCCUCACGUGGGUCGCGCUCUUCCUGCGGCGCAGGCUGACAUGGCAUACAGGAUCGGAUGUGGAGACGGGGACAACACUUGCCAAAGAGGUCGUGAAAGAAGGUGAAGAAGCCAAGCGUGGAGAUGAGAACUUGACGAUCGAGAGUGGGAUAGAGGAAACGCAUUAG